UCUCACAAACUAAACCCAUGAACACCUUCCACUCUCACACACAAUCCCCAGCCGCCGCCGCCGCCGCCGCCGAGUAUUUCAAGAUGAGGCGGUGGCCGGAGACCCAACUGGGUCCUCCUCCGCUGCAGCAGCAGCAGAUGGAGGAGGAGGAGGAGGAGGAGGAGGAUUUCGCGGCGGUGAUUCCGCCCGUGACGGUGGUUCUUGAAGGGAGAGCGAUCUGCCAGCGGAUCAGCCUCCACAAACAUGCAAGCUAUGAGAGCCUUGCUAAGGCUCUUAGAAGGAUGUUCGUUGACGACGAUGACGGUGGCGGUGGCGAACCCUCCGGUGAACGGCAGCUGGACUUGGCUAACGCGGUUCCCGGUCAUCUUGUUGCUUAUGAAGAUAUUGAAAAUGAUCUUCUUCUUGCCGGUGAUCUGAAUUGGAAUGAUUUCGUGCGGGUGGCGAAGAGAAUUCGAAUACUUCCAAUAAAAGCAAAUUCAAGGAGGGGAAGAGGAAAUAAUUAAAUUAUAUAUUUUAUGACAAACCCAUCU